AUGAGCUACCAGAGUGAAAUCCAGACCGCGUCCGACCUGAUCUCCGCGCAAGGGGCGCCGUGGGACGGCAUCAAUGCCGAAUAUGUGGCGCGCAUGCGGCUGCAGAACCGGUUCAAGACCGGCCUCGACAUCGCCAAGUACACGGCGAAGAUCAUGCGCGAGGACAUGGCCGCCUAUGAUGCGGACCCGGCCAACUACACGCAGUCGCUGGGCUGCUGGCACGGCUUUAUCGGCCAGCAGAAGAUGAUAUCCAUCAAGAAGCAUUUCGGCUCGACCAAGCGCCGCUAUCUCUAUCUUUCGGGCUGGAUGGUCGCCGCGCUGCGCUCCGAUUUCGGCCCGCUGCCCGACCAGUCCAUGCACGAAAAGACCUCCGUGCCGGCGCUGAUCGAAGAGCUCUACACCUUCCUGCGCCAGGCCGAUGCGCGCGAACUGGGGGGCCUCUUCCGCGAACUGGACAAGGCGCGCGAUGCCGGCGACGAGGUCACCGCCGCCGCCAUCCAGAAGAAGAUCGACGGGUACGAGACCCACAUCGUGCCGAUCAUCGCCGACAUCGAUGCCGGCUUCGGCAAUGAGGAGGCGACGUAUCUUCUGGCCAAGAAGAUGAUCGAGGCGGGCGCCUGCGCGCUGCAGAUCGAAAACCAGGUGUCGGACGAAAAGCAGUGCGGCCACCAGGACGGCAAGGUCACGGUGCCGCAUGCCGAUUUCCUCGCCAAGGUGCGCGCCUGCCGCUACGCCUUCCUGGAGCUGGGCGUCGAUGACGGCAUCAUCGUCACCCGCACGGAUUCGCUGGGCGCGGGCCUGACCAAGCAGAUCGCGGUUUCCAACGAGCCGGGCGACAUUGGCGACCAGUACAAUUCGUUCCUGGAUUGCGAAGAGGUGUCGGAAGACGAGAUCGGCAAUGGCGACGUGCUGAUCCGCCAGAACGGCAAGCUGGUCCGCCCCAAGCGCCUGCCGAGCGGGCUGUUCCAGUUCCGCGAAGGCACGGGCGAGGCGCGCUGUGUGCUCGACUCGGUCACCUCGCUGCAGAACGGCGCCGACCUUUUGUGGAUCGAGACCGAAAAGCCGCAUAUCGGCCAGAUCGGCGGCAUGGUCUCGGCGAUCCGCGAGACCAUCCCGAACGCCAAGCUGGUCUACAACAAUUCGCCGUCCUUCAACUGGACGCUGAACUUCCGCCAGCAGGUCUAUGAUGGCUGGGUCGAGGCCGGCAAGGACGUUUCCAGCUAUGACCGCGACCGGCUGAUGAGCGUCGAGUAUGACGGUUCGGACCUGGCGGCCGAGGCCGACGAGCGCAUCCGCACCUUCCAGGCGGACGCGGCGCGCGAGGCGGGUAUCUUCCACCAUCUGAUCACGCUGCCGACCUACCACACGGCGGCCUUGUCGACGGACAAUCUCGCCCGCGAAUAUUUCGGCGAGCAGGGCAUGCUGGGCUACGUCAAGAACGUCCAGCGCGAGGAAAUCCGCCAGGGCAUCGCCUGCGUCAAGCACCAGAACAUGGCCGGCUCGGACAUGGGCGACGACCACAAGGAGUAUUUCUCCGGCGACGCGGCCCUGAAGGCCGCCGGCGAAGACAAUACGAUGAACCAGUUCGCCAUGCCGGCGGAGUGA